AUGCCAUUUGGGUUUAAUCAUGAAUUAGUUAUUUUAAUUUCGAGAAGUGCACUUUGGUCAUUCUUUAGUGAAAUAAAGCUUGAAGGGAUAGAGAAUAUACCUCCAGAGUCUCAACCUUUUAUAAUUGCUGCUACUCACCAUAACAUGAUUUUGGAUCCUGCUGUUCUAUCAGUUACUUUUCCAAAUAAGCGUCGGUUACAUUAUUGGGCGAAAAAUACAAUGUUCAAAAAUUCUUAUGUUGCUCGCUUCUUAAGCGAUUGUGGUGUAGUCCCUGUAGAUAGAACAACCAAAAAUAAUGCACACUUGUAUGCAGCUACCUUCGAAGUCUUAAAAUUGGGUGAAGCUGUAGCUGUGUUCCCUGAAGGAACAAGUCACACUUUACCUCAACUAAGUAAAUUUAAAGAUGGAGCUAGUUUUGCUGCUUUGGAAUAUGCAAAAAUCAACCAAGAGGAAGGUCUUCAUAAAUAUGCACCUAUCUUACCUGUAGGUAUCGUAUAUCCUGAGAAAUCGAAAUAUCGGAGUAAUGUCAUUGUAAAGUACGGUAAACCUAUUUAUGUUGAACAAUUACUGCCCUUAUAUUUAGAAGAUCCUAAAAAGGCAGCUAAAGAAUUGACAAAGUUGCUAGAAGAAUCUAUUGAACAAUUGACAGUAAAUGCACCUAAUUGGGAUAGUAAAUAUGCUGCAGAUAUGGCAAGAUGGUUAUUAUUUCCUGGUGAGCAGCACCGUCUUGUAUCAGACUAUGUACCAAUUACUCAGAGUCUUAUCACUUAUAAACUCGAACUUGAAUCUCUUCUUCUCAAGGAUACACAAAUUGCAAAAUACAACGAAAAAAAUAUUACUGCCAUUACCACCACUAUUGAUUUACUUAAGCAAACAGUAGCUAGUCUCAUCGAUCUUCCUCUCUUUUUACCCGGACUUAUUGCUCAUUUACCUCUUUAUAUCGCCGGUCAUCUUGCAGGUCAUUUUGAAAUUUACGAGGAAGUGAGGGCUCAAAACAAGAUUUUCUUAGGAUUAGCAUUCGUGCCUAUAAUUUAUUUAAUAGCCUUCAUUUGGGGCUGGUACAGCUUAUUUGGUGGUACUAUUUUAGGAUUUAUAAAUAGCAUAGCGACAUUAGGUAUAUUUGUAUGGUAUCAUGUCACGUCAAUUGAUGAACGUUAUCGAAACUUUAAGGAUUUAUUAGGAAGAUGGCGAUUGUUUGAUGCUGUAGUACUAGGAAGAGGUAUGUGGAAGCGUAAGGAACGAAUUUUUGAGUUGAAGAAAUUAAGAACAGAAAAUGUGACGAUGUUAAGAAAGAUGAUAUUAAAAUAUGAAGGCGAAGAUAAGGAUAUCAAUUACAUUAUGGUUGCACUUCGUCAACGUGCAAUGAAUCAAUUGGUUAAUACCACUACUAGUAAUAAGUUUAUGAUGAAAAAGAAAACAAUUGCCAAGCAGUAUGAGUGGCUACUUUGAUCUAACUAACAAAUAAUAAAAAGAGAGCUAAUUAAGUAGCGCGGGCCGGACAAACUAACUUUAUUCAUUAUAUAAUCAUAUUCAUGUUUGCAAAUAUUAUUUUCUUUUUUCUUUUU